AUGAAGGCUCUCAUUCUUGUCGGCGGAUACGGCACUCGGCUCAGGCCGCUCACUCUCACACAGCCGAAGCCGCUCGUGGAGUUCGCCAACAAACCGAUGAUGUUGCAUCAAUUGGAGGCGCUCGCCGCGGCUGGGGUGGAUACUGUUGUGCUGGCAGUCAGUUACCGUGCGGAGCAGUUGGAGCAGGAGAUGACGGUGCAUGCGGAUCGAGUUGGAGUCAAACUCAUUUUCUCCCUUGAAGAGGAGCCACUAGGAACCGCCGGUCCGCUCGCGUUGGCCAGAAAGCAUCUAGAAGGCGACGCUCCGUUUUUUGUGCUCAACAGCGAUGUCAUCUGCGAUUUCCCCUUCAAACAGAUGAUUGAAUUCCACAAAAAGCACGGUCGUGAGGGAACAAUCGCGGUGACGAAAGUUGAGGAGCCUUCAAAAUACGGAGUCGUCGUGUUUGACGAAGCCAACGGAAAAAUUGAUGACUUCGUGGAGAAGCCACAAGAAUACGUCGGCAACAAAAUCAACGCCGGACUCUACAUUUUCAACUCAGCAAUUCUCGAUCGCAUCCCACUGAAACCAACGAGUAUCGAGAAAGAAAUCUUUCCGGAAAUGGCAACCUCCGGAGAUCUGUACGCCUACGUUCUCCCCGGAUUCUGGAUGGAUGUCGGACAGCCGAAAGAUUUCCUCAAAGGAAUGUCACUGUUCCUGAAUCAUGUACGGACCACGAAAGCAGAAGAGCUGGAGACGGGAUCCAACAUUCAUGAAACGGCGAAGAUCAGAGGAAAUGUGCUAGGUGAGCGACAUAAUUAGCAGCAAUCAGACAUUCCGCCCGUUUGCAGUCGAUCCAACGGCUAUUGUCGGAGAGGGCUGUGUCAUCGGACCGGACGCCGUCAUCGGGCCACGCGUGAGGAUCGAAGGAGGCGCCCGUAUCCAGCACGCGACCAUCCUUUCUGAUUCGGUACAAAGUUUGCGUGCCUUUCUCUCCUAAAGUUCUUUCUUUUUCAGACAAUCGGGAAUUACACGUAUGUUUCCACAAGCAUCAUCGGUCGGCAAUGUCGCGUUGGAAGCUGGAUUCGUAUGGAGAAUAACUGUGUACUCGGAGAUGACGUGGUAGGACUGUUAUUCUCGUGAUUCUGCCUCUAAACAACUACUUUCAGGUUGUGAAAGACGAGUUGUACAUGAAUGAAGCUAGUGUUCUACCUCACAAGGUGAUAUCUGUGAAUGUGCCUUCGAAAGACAUCAUCAUGUGAACACUAAUCAUUUUUCAUUUUCACUUUCUACUAACCCUUUUCGUCUACCAAAGUGCCAACUAAACACCAAAAAACUUGUGAUAUGCUUUUUUCUGCUCUUAUGUCAGUUAUCCUUUCCCGGCGGGCUAAACAUUGCUAUGCUUCUUUCCCUUUUCAUUGUAAACUACUGGGUGAUUUUAUUGUUCUCUUCAGGAAUCUUCUGUUUUAUUUUAAUAUUCUUUUUUUUCUGAUCAAUUCUUGUUGAAUAAAUUAUUAUGGUUUAUUCGUGAAAAUUGACGGAGAAAUGAUGGAAAAUGGUUGAGAUCCAAUGGGAUAAUGUAUCGAAUGAUCCCGAAACACUUGAACAUUUUCGGUUGCAGCAAGUGGAUGAGCACAGCCGGAUCCGGAUCCCUUGAGAAAGAGGACUGGCUUGAUCUGGGCGACUUCAACAAUGCGCCGACGUUCUCGUUGGAGGAUGCGCUCAAUGAUGUGAGCGAGCAAAUCCCAUCUGACUGCUAAGAAUCCCCGUUUCAGACGGAGCAUCUCUCUGAGCCGUUUCUCGAUGAGCCCUACGUAGUCGACACUGAAUUCGGAUCCGUUUCCAACUUGGCCGAGUCUGUUGCCACUUCUGACGGACUUCCGCUCACUUACAAACUCGACUCUGCAUUCGUUGUACAGCCACAUCGUCAGUUAAUGUUCUACUCCGUUCCCCUGCCCAUUCCCUUUUUCAGAAGUUAUCUCGCAUCAGAUUCUUUCGAAUGAGAAACGGACGGGUCGAGCUAUCGCUGUGGCCGAGAGAAACGGAUGGAUUGCCGUGGUGACGAGCAAGGGACAGCUGCUCCUGUUCGAUUUGAACGGAAAUCUCAAUCAGUUCCACCGAGGCGACGAAUCGAUGGGUGGCGCCAGUUGCGUGACUUUCUCGCUCGACGGAAAGUUUCUGGCAAUUGGAAUGCAAAAGGGAGCAGUCAAGAUCAUGACGAUUGACAACAAACUGUACCAUAUGGUUGAAGAGGGCGGACAGUCUGGACAGGGAAUUGUGCAGGUGCUCUACACGAAGGACAACCACACACUUCUGACGAUCGACAACGGGGGCAGUUUCUACGAGUGCACCAUCAGCAAACCGUGGCUUCAAAAAAAAAGUGACAGACUACGGUGCCACGUGUCCGGAUGCAAUGGAGAAGUCAUUUCGAUGAAGAUGUUGCCUGGAGACGUCAUCGCCCUUCUCUCUGUCCAUAGACUUCUUCUCUAUGUCCUGAAGCCCCGUGGACAGGUUCUCGGAGUGUUCCCCAUCAAAUUCGAGUAUCGAUUCCCGCCCACUGUUUCCUAUUGGCUCGGAAGACCGAAAUCCGAAGCGGCCGUCAAUUCUCCUCUCACUUCGCUCUAUUCGACGUCUCUGAAAGACUUCAAAGUGUGCGUGAAUCGAGGACACAAACUGGCAGUCCUGAGAAUUCACGCCAACAACUUUUACACAAAACAUGUUAGUUUUUUCCAACUUUGAAGAGCUUUCAAUUUCUUACAUUAAUUUUCCAGAAAAGAGCAACAGUGCUUCGGCAGUUCGAUCUUCCGACUCCCCUUGUGUAUCUCCACUGGAUGAGCACUCAUAUAAUUGCUGGAAUCGAUGCGACGGGAGGCGUUUGGCAGAUCGACCCGGAAAAGGGAACGACAAAAAAACAAGACGUCGACGAUCUGCAACUCGUUUUUUCCACUCCCAUUCUCAAAGGAUCGGCGACCGGCGGAAAAGUCAGCGAAGCAGUGAAGAUGUUGGCCGAACACGCGUGUUAUCAGUCGGUCACAUCUGCCACUUCCACUUCCGAACGGCUCAUUGUGCUGGCUCACGAUGGACUGAAGUUCCUGGAGAAGGUGCACGAAUGGGAACAGUUGGAGAGGUACAAGGAACGGAAGGAUGAUAUUUCUGCUUCGCUCUAUCUUCUGGAUGUCUGCCGGGAGAAAGUGCGAGCCAGUGAAAUGUUCAAGAAGGAUGCGCAUAGUCUUCUGGCGGAAAGAGCACAGAAUCUGCUGACAGAAACGGUCGCCGGAGUAACAGUCGGAGCCCUUUCGGAUCUGGUGACGCACUACAAAAAGUACUUGAAAGUGCUGCUCAGAGUGUGCAUUGUGGGAAAACUUCUCGACUUUCUCUACGAUUCUUGCUGGGAUCGGCUCUCCAUGGACCCUCUUUCCAAGACCGUCUUCCUGGAGAACCUCGAUGAGUACAUUCUCGACGGAGCGCUCAUCGACCCGCCCCCUCCUCUCGUCAAUGAAUAUCUGCAACAUCUGGCUGCCGAAGGACACUUCUCGCAGUUCCAGGCGGCCGUCGUCAGGUUCCCGAUUCACACGCUCGAUCUGCACAAGGUCAUGUCGAUCUGCAAACAGAAUGCGAUAUACGAUGGAAUAAUUUAUGUGAAUAACAAGGCUCUCAACGACUAUAUCACCCCUCUCGAGGCAUAAUAUUCAGAGACGUUAUUAUUCAACUGAACUUUGUUUUUUUAGGAUAUGCUCGCAGAAAUGCGUUCAUUUGCCGAUCGAGAAAUGUUUUCGGACAGCGAACAGAUACUGGGCAACAAGGUUCUGGUGUACCUGAACUGCUGCCUUGCAGGAAUGGCCUACCCGUUCGGGGCACUGGAUGAAGAGCAUAGGAAGAGAGUGCCGCUGGAGGCCUAUCGAUGCAUCAGUUCAUUCAAGGGAAAAGACGGAGGAGACGCCGAUGAACAAUAUCCGUACUUGAAAAUGCUCUUGCUGUACGACUCCCAACAGUUUCUGAACGUAGUGAGCACGUGUGCAGAUGCGGAGUUAUUCCAGAUGGAUAACAGAUUGCAGCGAUUCACAGAUACGGUAAGAAAGGGGAACCAGCACACUCUAAUGAGCACGUUUAGAUCGGUCAAACGUGCAUCAACAUGAAAUGCGAGCAGUCUCUCAUUCACUUCCUCGCGUUGGUCGUCCAACUGUCGGAACGGGCUUUGAUUGCCCCGCCCACCGAAUACGUGCAGGACGCAGUUAUCUGUCUUCUGCGGAUGUCUCCGUGGCUGCAAGCUGGCACUGAAGACGCAAUUCUCAAUGCACUGUUCCACGUGACACUGGACGACAAACGGCGAAUCACGCGAGCCGCACAGUCUCCGAUGCGCCCUUCCAUCCUCAGUUUCCUUUAUCUGAGCGAUAGAAAGUUCGAAGAACUAAUCAACUGCUACUUGGAUUCGGAAAACAAAGAAGUGUACGCGGCAAUCGGAGGAAUCUUGAAGGAAGCUGAAUUGACGGAGCAAGAAUCAACCGAAUUUAGAAAGUAUCUGAUGAGUAUCAUGGAGGUGAAAUACUGUCAAGUUAAUGUGUCUUCUAUAGAUCUCCUUAAUUCUAGACACUCUAUCGUCUAGACGGAUGGCUUUGUGCAAAUCUCAUUCUCGAUCACUUCGAAGAAAUCCUUCAAACGAUGGCUAAAACGCAGGAGGAAGAGAGGAAACUCGUGUUCCCUGUCCUCACGGGAAUAGCUCAAUUGAGGUGGUAAAGUGAGAAUUUGCAUUGUGUUUAUUGGGAAGAUUCCAGAAAGAGUGCAAACCGUGCGACAUUCUGCAACGACGAAGACCUUGACGAGUCGUUGUUCGGCAUUGUAUUCGAGGGAAUCUGCAAGAGAUGGCCCAGCUGGAUGCCUUCUUCCGAAGAUCCUGAGCUCGCGGAUGUCCAGCUCAUGUCUCUGUUCCCUUUCUGGCUCCCAUUCGCAGCUCGGACAGACUUCUGCUUAAAUCUCGCAGUCACCCACGAGAACUGCACUCGAACGGUUGUACGACUUCUGGAAGCGAGAAAGCAUUUGGAGAGAGCAUUCGAUCUGUUAUUCGAGCAACUGGAGAGGUACAACGGAGAGGAAGAUGAGAAAUUGAGUAAGAGGAUGCUCGGUUUUUCGAUGAUUUUGUGCACUUUUCAGUGGAAUGGCUCGACGAGACGAUGAAGUUCUGUUCGCGUCAUUCGCAGAACGAAGUGAGCGAAUGGAUGAUGCGAGUGUUCCGACUCGUCUCGCAACGGGCGGCACAGACAGGAGAGGACACGGAAAAACAGAAACAGAUUGACGAGAAUCUUCGGUCGAUGUGCCGACAAAUUCUGGCGACGGAAGCCAAGUACGCGGACCAGCUGAUGAGCCAGCUGUUCGAAAGUCCGUCCUUCGUCGAAUCCACAAUCACGUGAGCGAACUGGUACACUGAAUGAAAAUGGGUGCUUUUUGGUGCAUGGUUUUUUCACAUAAUCAAUUUCUAGAAUAAACGUUUUCUUCUCCGAAUUCGUUUCCGUUAAAUUAUCUUUUUCAGAGAAAGCGCUGACCUAAUACUGGAAAUGAUGUCCGAGUACGAAAUCGAUCUGUACCAGGAGUUGCUCUAUCAAAUUGUAACCAAAGAUUUACAAUUUUACUUAUUUUUAGAAAACUUUUAUUUCAGAGAAAAGAAAACUUUGAAAAAGCUCGAAAAUUGCAAUCGGAAGUGAGUCAGAAAGCGCCGACAAUGUACCAUCCGAAGUGUAUCACUUGUGGAGAAAUGAUGAACAAAAGUGGAUACACUUUCCGGUCCGAUUGAGUUUGAAACGCUCUUUUUUAGUAAUUUUAUUCAGAUGCGGCCACUUCCAGCAUAUCGAGUGCUCCACGAGUGUAAACCGAAAAUGCACUUGCGAUGGCGUUCCUGACCUUCAAGUGCUUCCUCGCGAGAAGUCCGAGCGUCCGGCCGUACGGAACAUUUUUGAGCACUGGGACACCAAUCUGAACUGCCGCGUCUUUCCCAGAAACCAAACACUUUGA